GCAUAGACGGACGAUCUGGUCGGACACGGAACGACUCGAAGAGGCUCUCGACGUACACUGGUGCACCUCUGAAGUCACCUGCGCCGCAUCCCCCAUCGCCGGCACCCUGAUGGAGCAGAGACCUGCUGCUCCCAGACGGACCCCGCUGCUCAGACGGUUCUGGAAGCUCGGGGUCACCUGUCUGGGACCCGUACUUCUCUCACCUCUGUAUUUUAUUAACACGACGGAGUCGAGAUGUGGAUUCGUCGUUUCUCUCAUGGCGCUGUACUGGAUGACGGAGACGUUGCCUCUAGCAAUCACAGCGUUGCUACCUGUAGUAUUAUUUCCAUCUCUCGGAAUCAUAUCAUCUGAUGAGACCUGCCAGCAAUACUUGGUGGAGACAAACAUGGUAUUUGUGGCGAGUCUUGUGAUGGCAAUCACAAUCGAACAUUGCAACUUGCACCGGAGGAUCGCUCUGCGCGUGAUGUUGUGCGUGGGAACCGACCCAAAGUGGAUAAUGCUGGGUUUCAUGCUCACUACCAUGUUCCUAUCAGUGUGGAUUUGCAACACGUCGACGACAGCGAUGAUGAUGCCAAUCGUCGACGCAGUACUUGCAGAGAUACUCUCGACUCGAUGCAGUCCAGACGAUUUGGAACUCGCCUCCUCCAAUGAGAAAUCUUCGGAGAUCGCUCUGCUGGAGAAGGGACGGCAGUGCAACGGAAACUCAGACAAGUCGCUGAAAAAUCUCGCAGUAUUCUCGGACCAUCACGAGCGCCAGAGAAAAGAACGACAUUUGGCGAAAGGUCUCUACCUGAGUGUAGCGUUCGCUGCGAACAUCGGCGGAACGGCGACCCUUACCUCCGCGGGGCCCAACCUCAUCCUCAAGUUCAUCAUGGACGAGUAUUACGACGGUCGCCCUCCCAUUGACUACGCAUCGUGGAUCGUAUUCGCAGCGCCUGGUGUAGUUUGUACAGUUCUCCUUGUCUGGGGAGCUUUCCAGCUCCUUUACUUCAUGAACCGACCACUCGAUUCGGGAAUGAAUGGUCACGCUGCAAAGAAAACCAUCAACAAGAAGUAUGAAGAACUGGGGCCCAUCACCUUCCACGAGACUGCUGUCCUGAGCCUAUUCAUAUCGAUGGUUCUACUCUGGAUGUUCCGGGAUCCGCAUUUCAUGACCGGCUGGGCUAAUAUCUUCCAUUAUGGUUCAAUUAAACCGAAGGAUUCGACAUGCGCAAUGUUCAUCAUUGUGCUGCUCUUCGUGCUACCGUCAAAGCUGAGCAAAGCCGGCGAUUGCCCGCCAUUGAUAACCUGGCAGACGAUACAGCAGAGACUUCCAUGGGGGGUCGUACUCCUACGGGGCGGGGGCUUCGCGAUGGCUGAGGCCACAAAAAAAUCCGGGCUGUCGGCUUGGAUGGGACAUCAGCUCGCCGUCUUCAAUUUCCUGAAACCGUCCUGGAUGGCUUUCGCGGUUUCUAGCAUCGUUGCCUUCUUGACUGAGUUCGUCACAAACUCGGCGACAGCGACGAUCUUCUUGCCGAUCGUGGCUUCAUUGGCAACCGACCUUCACAUCAAUCCGCUCUACCUUGUUAUUCCUGUCACGCUGGCUUGCUCCUACGCUUUCAUGUUGCCUGUCGGAACUCCCGCUAACGCCAUCGUGGCUACCCAUGCGCAACUCAAGACCUUAGACAUGUUGCUGCCGGGUGCCAUUGCGAAGUUGAUCUCGAUCUGCACGAUGCUCGUCUCUCUGAACACUCUUGGACGAUUGAUAUAUUCAUUGGACACGUUCCCCGAUUGGGCUUCUGAAAGCAUUCUGUCCUCUGCCGCGAACGCGACAAGUGGAGCAAGUGGUCAUUGAGUCAUUGCCGGCGCUGAGCCUGACUGAGACUGUCUCGAUAUCCGAUCAGUCUUUCGAAGCCGGAUCGGUCGGGUGCAUCGUCUCAGAUGUGCUAUCAGGGGGUCACCCGAUUCCAAUGAGCCUAAUUCUGCAUCCCCUACGGGGUUCGUUCCGGGGAAUGGAGAACGAGUGAGCCAAGCAGUGGGAUACACUGUUCUUGGAGUUCCUGAAUACGCACACUAAUUUACCGCUCGUUUUCGUAUUGUUCCAUCAAGUAUGAAAAGUAGGAACGUGACAGGAAUGUUCGCGGAUACCCUAAUGAUCAUCAUCCUCGUGUCAGAUAAAAUCGUUGUAAAUAAUCAAGUAAAGAACUUCAGACUGAAAUAAAAAAAUGGCUUCCC